GUUGGCAGCAGCCACCUGCGGCACGGAUGCAGGAAGCAACGAGGGACAUGAAAUAAAACCGGAAAAAAUAAAAUAAAAAUAAAAACCUGGAACCGAACAAAACAGCCAUGCCAUAUUAGCAGAUUUAUAGUAUAUAUAAUUAAGGGAAAAUAAUAAUUAACUAUAAAACAUGACUACGGUAACGGAUAAUCGGAAUCCACUUGAUCUUGAUAGAGAAAGAGUGACGUGUCUAUUGUUAAUUAAUACGCAUCUUAUGAAAAAGUCUAUAAAUAUAUAUAAUAACAUGUUAUGCAAUCCUCAAGCAAUGCAACUGAUGCCUCAAGAAGCUAAACUGGCAGCUAUUGAAUCAUAUCAGAAUUGUAUAAGGAGACUUCAUUGUAAUUUAACAGUUCUUAAUUAUAUUCAUGAGAAAUAUCAUAAUGAUGCAUCUCAACAAUCAUCUCAAACAAAAGCAUCUUUCCCAAUAAUCUUAUCUCCUCCAACUGAUAUGCCUGAAUUAACUCAACUUUAUAAUAAACUUCAAGAUUUAUAUCCUGAAGCAAUGCAGUAUAUUAAGCUUAAACUUCAGCAGAUGAAAAAACAGCAUUUCCAACAACAACAACAGCAAGUUCCACCUCAAGCUCCACUACCUCCACAACAACAACAACAGCAGCAGCAACAGCAACUACAACAACAACAACAACAACAACCUCAAAUGGCUCCACAACAGAAAGCUAUACAAAAUAGACAAGUCUCUCAACAACAGAUGAUGAACAAGGGUAAUCUUCUAGGAACUCCCAAUUCCAAUGGAUUAAAUACUCCAUCUCAACAAGAGUUUAUUCAACCACAAUUUUCUACAUUUAAUGGUCAAAAUAAUCCCAAUCAAAAUUAUCAGAGUCCUAUGUUGCAGAAUGUUAUACCUCAACAACAAGGGGGUCCACAACAAUCCGUACAAGCUAUAUCUCCUCAACAAAUUUUACAGCAAAUGAAUUUAGGUCCAAACAAUAAUCCUGGUGGAGGACUAGAAUUUCUCAAUUAAUCUAUAUACCUGUAUACUAUAUCAUUUUGUAUUAAUAUAAGUUGUAACACUUCUUCUGUAUAAGUAUUAUUACUAC